AUGAAAUUAUUAUUAUUAUUACUAAUUUUAAUUGGUAUAAUUUCAUAUACAUCAUCUUGUGAUUCAAAUGGGUCAUGUGGUAAUUCACCAUUUACAUUAUGUAAAAAUAAUGCAACAUUAUUAGAGAAUGGUGGACAAAGAAUUGAUAUAGAUAAAGAGAAUGGUAGAAUUUUAUUUACAAUUAAAUAUAGUGAUGAAUUUGAACCAAGAGUAGUUUCAGUACCAAUUCAACCCCAGGUAAAUGAAAAUGGUAAUUAUUUAAAAUCACAAAAUACAUUAUUUGGUCAAACAACAUAUACAAAAGUUAUUGGUUUAUUACAAUUGGUUGAUUCGAAAUCACAAAAUAUUGUUAUCGAUAUUGAAAGACGUAUAGCAGGUCCAACAAGUAAUAUAUUCUUUACAAAUAAUACAAUUGGAAAUGAAUUAACAUGGAAUCAAAUUGGUAAUUUCAUUUUCAAACAAUCUACAAAUACUCAAUACACAUGUUGGCCAUAUGCAAAUAAAAUAUUUAAAGGUGAAAUUGGUAAAUAUAAUGAUUUAGGUGAAACUUUAUAUAAUGGUCCAUGUUUUGAAAUGAAAUCAAAUGGCAUUAACACCGCCACCACCAGUGGUAAUGAUGACGGUAGUGAUUUAUAUAUUUAUGAUGGUACAAAUGUAAUUUAUAAAGGUAGCUUAAGUCCAAAAAGUAAUGGUGGAUAUAUUCGUGAUUUACCAAUGGUGUAUAAUGAAAGUAAAGCAUAUACAAUUAAAGAAUUUGACGUUUCAACAAGUGAUUUAUAUUAUUCAAAUCAAUUUGAUAAAAAAUUAUAUUCAAUUUCAUUAUCAAAUACAUUUGGACCAAAGAAAACUAUUUUAUCAGAUUUACCAACUUCUUUUAAAUAUUAUAAUGAUUUCAUUUAUUAUUCAUUAAAUGGUAAAAUUUCAAGAAUUAAUGUUAAUACAGGUUUAAAUGAAAUUUUAUUUGAUUCAAAUUUAAAUAAAAGUCAUUGUAUUUGUGCUCAAGGUUUUACGGGUGAUUCAUGUGAUCAUUGUGAUCAAUCAAAUAAUUUAAUAUCUUGGGUAAAUGGUAUUCCAAGAUGUAUACCAUUAACAAAUGAUGGUAAUCCAAUUACAUGUGAUUAUAAUUAUCAAUGUAAAUCUGGUAUUUGUCGUGAAGUUCCAAUUAGUGGUGGUGUUAAAGGUUGUUAA